ACCUGAUUGUGUCCCAGGGACUGAGUGAUUGGGGGUGCGGGGUGUCAGAGGAGGUGUGGGGACUAAGCAGAAGAUGCCAAUGGGAUGGGCCCUGGAUUGCCCUGCAGCGUCGGCUGCCAAAUGUGCCUGGACUUUUUCCUGACUUUGCUGAAACCCUGCUUGUCAGCAGCCAGCGUCUUCAGACUGGGGGUCUUCUCCACUGGGGUACCGGUUGGGUGGAUGGGCGACCUGUAUCGGAGCGUACCGGGCUGGAGAGGGGUGCAGCAGAGGCGGGUCCACUUGCAUGCAGGCCAGGACCCCGUAGCGGGGGUAAUGAGCCCAUCGCUGUCCUUCCAGACUUUGUUUCCCUGCCAGUAUCUGGAACUUUGGGAUUCCCGCCAUUCCACGGGCAGCUCCACUCCUGGCACGAAGGGGUUAAGUCCACUUGCACUUUACAACCAAUGGCCAUGCGCAGCGCCUUUGCGGCGUCUCCUGAUUGGCGGACACACAGAGUGGGCGGGAGGGCGGACGCCCCCUCCGCCCAGGGAUGCGUUUAAAAGGCUGUGGCAGUGGUGGCUGCACACAGAUCACCUGCGCCAUGAGCAGCACGGAUGGCCCGGACCUAGCGGAGGCGACCGAAGAGCGGUGUUUCCUCAGCACCGCGGAGGCAGCGGCCCUGGAGCGUGAGCUGCUGGAGGACUAUCGCUUUGGGCGGCAGCAGCUGGUGGAGUGGUGUGGCCAUGCUAGUGCCGUGGCUGUGACCAAGGUACCUGGGCCUGCUUCUCAGCCUCAACCGUGAGCAGACGGCCGGCUCACCAAAGUGGAGGCCUAGCUGCAUGACCCCCCGGCCAGGAUGGUCAUUUCUGCCCUCAAGAGAGCCCUCUUGGCUUGGGGCCACCCCAGCCCAUCACUCAGAUGAGGAAACCAAGGCGUUUCCUCUGCCCGCUCUCCCCCGGAAGCAGAGGACGGCGCUGGUCGUGUGCGGCCCAGAGCAGAACGGAGCAGUGGGGCUGGUGUGCGCGCGGCACCUGCGGGUGUUCGAGUACGAACCCACCAUCUUCUACCCCACACGCUCACUGGACCCUCUGCACCGGGACCUGACUACUCAGUGUGAGAAGAUGGACAUCCCCUUCCUGUCCUACCUGCCCGCAGAGGUCCAGCUCAUCAACAACGCCUACAGGCUGGUGGUGGACGCUGUGCUGGGCCCUGGCGUGGAGCCGGGCGAGGUCGGGGGUCCCUGCACACGUGCGCUGGCCACGCUCAAGCUACUGUCCAUCCCCCUUGUGAGCCUGGACAUCCCCUCAGGCUGGGACCCAGAGACUGGCGGCGACGCCGAGGACGGGCUACGACCCGACGUGCUCGUAUCGCUGGCGGCGCCCAAGCGCUGCGCCGGCCGCUUCUCAGGGCGUCACCACUUCGUGGCGGGCAGGUUCGUGCCCGACGACGUGCGCCGAAAGUUCGCUCUGCGCCUGCCGGGGUACACGGGCACCGACUGCAUCGCUGCGCUUUGACAGGCGCCCGCGCCAAUAAACAGACGUACCACCACUG